AUGAGCGCGGUUAAGAACCUUCGGGCUAUGUUCGAGCAGAAGGGGGAGAUGAGCCCUCCAGAUCGUGGAAGGUCACCGGCUAUUUCUCCAUCCGAGUCUCCUAGGCCUCUGAACAAAAUCAAAACGAGCUUCAUCGCGGUCGAGAAAAGUGGAAGGCUCGGGCUUCAACCAGCAGGCAGCAACGACUCCGAGACACCCAUACAACGAACUCCAGGCGGCCUGGGCGACAUCGCAAGUCCUUUUGUACCAUCGGAGAAGCCCAAUGUCGUUGACCUGACUAUGGAGAAAGCACCAGCAGCGGCGAGCCCUGGGGCGAGCCGUACACCAGCCGAGUCUCCGAAAGCGAACCCAACUGUUCAGAGUCCGACUGACUCUGCUCAUGAAACACGAGCGCAGAAUGUAGAACCCUCAGGUAGCGCACCGGAGGAACCCAAGAGGUUGGAGAUAGAUGGGGCUACUGGCACGUCUACGACGGGAAGUGGCUCAAAGUCAGCAGAGAAAACGAAGGCGCCCAACAGAGCUGGGACCGUCACAGACAAAGAGACAGUUCCCAGCAAGCCGGAGCCUCGGACCGCCCCGAAGACCACAACAAAGUCGAACCUCCCCCCUCUUUCAACGUCUGCGGCCAACAAGACAGCAGCGAAGGCCGGAAAAUCCCCCAUCACUGCUCAAACGCCCAAGAUGAGAAGCCCAACAGCCGCAUCCAGUCAGACUUCAGCCAAGACCGCUACCCCGAAGCCUGCGGCAAAGACCGCAAAAUCGUCUCUCGGUUCCUCGCUAAACAAAAAGCCAGCGAUCUUGGCCCCAUCGCCGGUUAUUACCGGGAGCUCUAAGCCCAAGGUCAAGUCACCUACACGCCCAAUCGCUCUCCCAGAACGCCUUACUACUCAUACGGCUGCUUCUGGUUCCAAGCUCGGCAAUGCGCGCGCCCAGUCGCAGUCUCGCGAGCGUGGCCCUACCCCGGCUAGCCGUUCCUCUAGCAGAGUGAGAGUGCCAGCCCCCGCUACGUCGGCAGCCAAGACGGCCACCUCGAACCUUAAGAGACAAAAUUCGACCAACAGCCGUCCUCGCCCCAGUCUAGGUGCCCCUGUGAAGCAGGCUGCAAAGGAUCAUCCGCCAACGAAGAAGGAGAAGGAAGUGGACGAGGGGUUUUUAGCGCGCAUGAUGCGUCCAACUGCGGCAUCUGCCUCCAAGACCGCUGAGAAGGUCGUUACUUCUCCGCCCAGGAAGUCUUCGGCAACCCCAGGACCUGCUGCGAAGAGAAGUCUUAGCAAGCCACGGACCAAGAAGCCUGCUACCAAGUCGGCAGCACCGUCUGCGGCUACGACACCGAAACAGUCCCGUGCUAGUUCGGUUGCGGCCAAGGUUGAACAGGUUGCCACGGCAGAGGAAGCCGUCAACAUUGCGAAGGCAACAGAUGAGGAGAUGCCUCUCCCCGCCGUGACCGAGACUCCGCAAGAAGUUUCUCAGCCGGUAGAGGAAGCCGCAGAAGUUACCCAGGAAGUCUCCGCACCACCCUCUGAGGCGGAGGCUGCCGCUGCUCCUCAAACCCCCACAUCUGACGUUCAUGAUGUUAAGGAAGAGAUGCCAGCUCAGGAGACUGAAGCUGUACCUUCGCCCGCUGCCGAGGUUGCCGAUGCCGUCGAUGCUGACAUCAAGGAGAAGGAAGAGGAGAAGUCUGCCAGCACUCCCGAACCCAAGCACACUUCUGAUUCGUAA